GCCCAUGCUGAAAAAUAAGAAGACCACUGGGAGUCUGUACUCUGGAGUGAUGAGACCAAGAUAGAUGUUUUUGGAACUGAUGGCUUCAAAACUGUAUGGCGUAGCAAAGGUGAGGAGUAGAAAGAAAAAUGCAUGGUGAAUACAGUGAAACAUGGUGUCCUUCUGUUGGGGUGCAUGAGCGCUGUUGGGGUUGGGGAGCUGCAUUUCAUUGAUGGUAUCAUGAAUUCACACAUGUACUGCUCUAUAUUGAAAGAGAAGUUUUCCAACAUGACAAAAAAACACACAUCUAGGCCCACUGUGGCAUUUCUG